AUGUGCUACUCCAAUCUUGGUACUCUCGUCUGCCAAGCUUGUGGUCGUCGUGUAGGCGAACAGCCCGUGGGAACUUCACCUUGCCUCGCUAUCUGCGGCAAAUACGUCUCGCGCGUCACUGGCACCGUCGUCAGCGGUGAAUGCGGCGUCUGCAGCGAAGCAAAGGAGCACAGGACCCAACUCACCACGAGGCUCAACCGUGCUUUUAGCAAGUGA